AAGAGGUUGCGGCGAAGGAGAUGGAGCUGCGAGUUGUGGAAGGGAAGAUUGAGGAUAGUAUUGGAGAAUGUGGGUUGAAAGAAGAGGAGAUUGAGGCGAAAAGGAGGUGUUAUGAUGAAUGGGAGAAGGCGAUGGGAAUGAAGAGAGGGGAGCUUGUUGAUCAGGUCGAUGCGAUGAAGAUAUUAGUUAGAGAGAAGGGGAAGGAGUGUGAGUUGAUUGAGAAUCGGGUUUUGGAGUCCGAAAAAAAGAGUAUUAUUUUGGGAGAUGUGUGGAACAGAGGAGGAAGGAGUUUGAGAAUAAGGAGAAGGUACUGAAGGAGCGGAUUCGGUUAAAGGAGAGGGAGUUAGAUGGGGUGUUGAAGUUGAUUCAGGAGCAGACGAAAGAAUGUGAUGUGAAAGGGAAGCAAGUUAUGGCAUUGCAGAUGUCAAUUGAGAAAUGUGAGAAGGAGAUGGAACUGAAAUGGGAGGAGUGGUCUUGUAAGCUUGAGUUGAAGGAGAGGGAGCUAGAAAGGUUGUUUGAGAAGUUUGAGUUGAGAGGGAAACAAUUUGAGCCGAUUGUUGAAGAGAUUCGUGUUAUUGAUAAGAGGGUGGAUGAAUGCUUAAAUGAGGGUCUAAUUAAAGAGAGGUACUUGCAAUCAAGUGAAAAAUCGAUACAAGAACGCGUAAGGGCUUUGGAUUCAGUGUCCCAUGAUCUUGAGAUGAAAGGGAGGCACAUUGAAGAGGAGGCCAAACAGCUUGAAUUGAAGCAAACACAAUUUUCUUGUCAAGUGAAGACUCAGCUGUUCAAAAGAGAGAAGUAUUUUGCCUCAUCACUUAAAAAAUUGUUAGAACAACAAGAUCAGUCUUUGAAUGCAGUCCAAAUGAAGAUGGAAGCGGUCAAAAAGCUUUCAGAGGGGAAACAUGAACAGCAGGGCAGAGCGAUAUUGGAGUUGAAACCAAAACUAUUUGAUUCUCAGCUAUUGGGAAGAGAAGUGCAACUUGUUUUACUUAGAAAGUCGAUGGAGGAAUUUGAAAAGCAGUUCAGCAGAUUCAGAAAGUCGGUUCAAGAUCAGAUUAAGCAUUUGGAUUCACUCUCCCACGCACUCCAUACAAGUGAGAGGCAAGUUGAGGGCAAAGAGCUUGAUCAUUUGCAGUUAAAACAUUUUAAUUCUGAAGUGAAUACUGAGUGCUUGGAACAUGCCCCUGCCUCUGACAAUAUGAAUAUUCCUCAAUCUGUAAGCGAUCAACUUCACAUUAGUACGGAUGGUAGAAGCUUUGAGGUGAUCCCUGGUAUUAUUCAGAAUCUUAUUGAAAGCAAGCAGCUGAUCAAGGCUGUUACAUUUAUCUGCAACUUCAACCAGACUGACAAAUUUCCCCUGGUACCACUCUUGAAAGAAUAUGCGGAGGAUGCAAAGAAAAGUUGCACUGAAAUUUUCAGUAAAGACAUAUCACAUGAUGAAAAGGAAAAGGCUGCAGAUGACCAAAUAGCUGAUCUAAGAGCUCUGAUUCAAUGCAUUGAAGAUCACGGCCUUGAGUCACAGUACCCACCGAUUGAUAUUAUGAUGGAAAUUGAAUGGCUUGGGAAGCUAAAGGAGAAUCCAUACCUGGUGCCAUCUCUACCGUCCAAUGUUGAAAAACAUGAGCAGAAAAAAGGAAGGAAGCGAAGUUCCAGAAUUGCUACACCAACAUCUCACACAUAUCAGCUGCGUAAAAGAGCAUAAUUGCUAAGUUUAUUGCCACAGAGAAUGCUUGAAUAGUGGAACACCUAUCUUGUUUGAAAGUCUUUCCUACAGUCCUCGUAUGGUGUGGCCUCGAAUCAUCCUAAUCUUACUGAUUGAAACAACUUUGGUAUGUCUACAAAUGCUUUCCUGUUGUUUGUUUGUUUGUUUCAGAUGCUCCCCAUAGUGAGGCAUAAACCUUACCCUAAAACACGAAGCUAAUUUCUGUGAUACUUCUUCAUGUUAUUGAUGAGGAUUGCUCAAACUCUGCAAUGCCUAGAUUGUAUCAUUUAACAACUCACUAUACUUCAUUUA